CGAAACGUCCAAUUUACAAAGGUUGGUGAAUCAGGCAUGUGCUGCCAGGGCACGGGUUAUAUCUUCCUCAUUUCUCACUCCCUGAACCAUUGCCCUUCAAUUCUCCGGACAUUUGGUCGCUCUCUGCUCAGGUAAUCCCACGUUCUCUACAUCGACAGAGACCCCUCGAGGUCCUUAUCCAACACAGCAUGCCAGCGAAGAGCAACAAUCCAGUCCGUCACACCAUCGGUGCUUCUCCGCCUCCUGUUGUGGUCAUCAACGAACCAGUCCCUCGUUUCUCCUUUCAGUUCAAGCGGUUCUCGCACACAAACCUUCAACUCAAGAUACCUUCCGCUGCCACGUUCAGCACCCUCCCAACCACACAGGUCACUGGCGCUACUGCUCAAGUUACACCGGUCAGCGUCGCAGCUGCUUCCCAGCACAAACACCUCGACCGGAAACUCUCCAAGAAAGACCGCAAAGCGGCCGCCAAGAAUUAUGAGCUUGCUAAUCUCGUCUCCGCGUUCAUCGCCAAGCCAACUUCAGCACAGAAGGUGACUACGGCUCAAUACAAGGAACGCAAGAAAGCUCUGAAGGGUUUACAGAGCCCUGAUGAUGCAGCGGGCAUCAUCAGAUUGUUGGCGGGGAUGCCGGAGCCGGCGGGGAGUGUGGAGGAGCAGCAAUUGAAAGAGAUGGGAUGUGCGAUUGGGAGGCCCCUGAAAGUCGAUACGGAGCGUAUCAGUGCUUUUGUCUACUGGUGGGGUUUCGAGAUCGCCGUACCCAGAUCGCAGAUGCCGCGACUUGCCCAGGCUAAGAACUCUACCGAAGCUAUUCUCAACCUCCUCUCCGCUAUGGCUCCCAUGGAGUUCUCAGCUAUCCGUCCGAUGUCUAGGAUCAUCGUGGCGUACAUCAACUCAGAGUAUGCGACUGCAGCCAACCAAGACAGAGGGCAAGGAAUUGUCUUGGCUGCUACGUGGUUGCUUCCCUUGGUUGUAGUUCCUAGGCCAUGGGAUCUGUGAGGUGCC